AAAUAGUUCAAAAUACAUAUGGAACCAGGUGGUUAUAAUACAGAGUCAAAUUUCUGAGACAGUAAUGGGUCUCCUAGAAAAGAGCACUUCGUGCUAAUCCCCAUUGACACUCAAGACUCUAAAGAGAGUUAUAAAUAGUGCCUCUAGAGGAAGAGAUCACAAGAAAGUCAAAGAGACCAGGCUACAAGAGAUUAAAAUGACUGUUAGCUUCAAAAGACUAAAAAGUACCAAUACAGCUCUGAAAAGAGAUAAGUCUAAAUCUCCGAAAUAAAAGCGUCCUGGUUCCGCUUAAAGAAUAUAAUGAUUCUCUAUGUAUCUCUAACCUAGAAAAUCAAGACGUUAAUGAAUCUUGUAAUCAUCCUUAUCAAGUAAGCUUAGGAGAAUCUCCUAAGAAAAAAAUGUUGUCCACAAUUAAUUUAAGCCAUGUCUUUGAAGGAAAUAUUAAGAACUACCAAGUCACAAGUGCAAUGAAGGAGCAUACAAAUAAGUCAUUGAAAAGGCCAAAAACAAGCAAAUCUUCAAGUCUCAAAAGGAAAUGGCGUCAUAUUCCUCUAGCUUUAUUUCCCUUUGGGACAAAGAUAGUCCCAAAGCAGCCUUAUACAACCCCAAAGAAUCCUGACAGUGUUAACCUUGAGAUUAAAAAUUCAAUGAAAAGGUCCUGAGAGUUGGCUGAAACCCAGAAAAAUGAUAAGCUAAAGAAGGGAAAUAGCUUUAUAGUCAAAGCAAGACAGAAUUCUGUUAAUCAAAGUUUGAAUAAAUAAGAAAUCCUUGUCGAAUUCAAGAAAAUUUGUGACUCGAAAUACCUUAUUUUUGACUAAAUAAGAGGAGAAAGAUGCUCCGAAGCUCAAAGCGUAGAUCUCAGUCAAAGAAUCCAAGAGGAAAGAAUCUUUUUCCUUACAACUGGCCUUGAGAAGAAAGUGUAAAUACAAGUUCGAGGCCGAGCAAGACAGCUCAAGGCGCUAGACCAGCAAGGAUGUCAAGGACUACCAAGACCACACCAGUUGUAUCACCUUCAAAAACAUCUCUUCAUAAGAAGAUUGAAGAAGAUCAACACAAAGAGAUGAAUAAAGAUUUGGUAGUAAAUGAUCAUGCUGAAAAGAAAAGAUGUUUCAAACCUAAUCAAUCGACUGGCUCUCCCUCAGUUCUGCUUCCAGAACAAGAAGUAGAUCAGAUCGUUGUCCCAAAGCGCCAUUACAAAUCAUUCUCGACAAAAGAAGCAAAAGUAUCUAAAAAUCCCAAUUUUAGAAGAAUUACAAGCAAACCUUCAUACAAGGAAACUAAAGAUGCUUGAAUCAAAACCUUCAAAGAUCUUAAGCGCGAGCAUGGAUUCUUGGAAGGUAACAGAAGGAUCCUUGGGUCUGGAUACCAACCUCCUUCUCAAGCUAUUAUGUGAGAGAAUGAGGUAGAAAAUACAGUUCCAAUAUAUCAGAUGGAUUUUAGCUCAUCUGUAGGAAAAGGAUUCAGCCUUUUUGAAAACCCUGACUUGGAAUACUUCAAAAAUCGCAAAAGUUCUCUAUUUAGAUCACACAAGCUUUCUCUUAUUGAGUCUAAAAGAGAGGAAGAUGAAAGAAAGCCUACAGGAAGUAAAUUACGGAAACCCAGCAUAGCAGUUGAUUUAAAGAAGUUUACUCAUAAAGAGCACAGACAGCUACGCGUACAAGGUAACCCAGUGCAUCCAAUCUCACCUGCCAACAUGCAUGACCAGCCAAAGUCCUCUAUUCAGAUAUGCCUAGACUAAGCUCUUAAAGCCUAUUUAAUUUGUAAAAUUUCCCAAAUGAAAUAUCUC